UUCGUCUCAUUACAGACAAGAUGCAAGUGCAUAUCGUUGUCUUCACUGUGUUUUUCGUGACCACCACCUACUCGGUGGUUCUAGAGAGGCCUUGCCGAACGGACGUUGAAGUUGUGCACAAUUUUAAUGUACAACGUUACCUCGGGAAAUGGUACGAACAACAGCGCUACGAACAGGACUUCGAGAUGGAUCUCGACUGCGCACAAGCCCAAUACGGAUUGAUCGAUGCAGAAACAGUUUCUGUUAAAAAUUCCGCCUACAGCCUGUCGGAUGGAGCCGCCUCGGAAGCGUUGGGCACGGGAAAAUUAUCCUACCCACAGGAGGAAAUUUUGCAGGCAAAGCUGAAUGUGUCAUUUUAUGACGCUCCAAAUGAUCAAUCCAACUACUGGGUAAUUGAUACCGACUACGAGAAUUAUUCAAUCGUUUGGGCCUGUGUGCCACUGGAUGAGGAACGUUCGAGCGAAGGAUAUUGGUUGCUGUCAAGGACGCGUAGUCUUCCCGAAGAUGCUGACAUCAAUAUGAAGAUCAGCACUUUGUUGGAGAAGUAUAUAGAGCAGAGCCUAGUUCGGAAUACAAAUCAGUUGGAUGAAAGAUGUCCUGAUUUUUCCUCAACGUGGAGAGUGAUUGGUCGAGUUUCGAAAUCUGUCAAAACAAUGGUUCAGUUCGGUGUGAUUUCGGUCCUGCUGCUUCUGAUCACUGACAGUGAAGGGUAUCUCGUUAAGGAUGGAAACUGUUCGCUGGUUUCCAGUUCCAUUCCAGUGAUUGAAAAUUUUGACCUCCAGAAGUAUUUAGGAAAAUGGUUCGAAAUCGAACGAUACGAGCAGGAUUUUGAACGAAAUUUAGAAUGUGUUACCGUAGACUUCAGUCAAAUAAAUUCGGAUGGAUCUCUAGACGUUAGAAACAAGGGAUAUGCGAUCGACAAGGACACAUAUCUUUCAUUCGAUGGAAUAGCAACACUGACUGAUCAAACAGCGGAACCUAAAGUGGGAAAAUUGAGGAUGAGCUACGGAAUAAAAGCCGAAGGUGUAUUUAACUAUUGGAUCGUGGAUACCGAUUACACAAAUUUUGCGGUCAUCUAUUCCUGUGCAUCGAUCGAUGGCACCGAGACGGUGAUUGAAGGCUAUUGGCUCUUGUCAAGAACCGCUAAGCUUACGAAAGAAACACAGCUGAUAGAGAAGUUGAAAUAUCUUCAGAUGACAUAUUUUGUACCGUCACAUGUAAGGGUCACAAAUCACAGCGAAGCAUUGUGUCGUAAGGAACCGGAAAUACCAGUAAUGCCUUCGGCUCUGAUUCUACCCCCUAACGAUAUUGAUAUUGUAUAUAUUGGGGUUAAAAUUUAUUUUCCGUUCAAGUACAUCGAUGGGAAAUGGUACGAAAUUCUUCGUUACGACCAACAUUUCGAACGAGGUUGUGACUGCGGCUUCGCAACAUACACCACGGCGAAAGAUGGCAACAUUAAGGUAGAGAACUGCUGUGAACGUUUACCAAAUACCACCAUCCAUUGUUCCAUAGGGAGGGCAGUUGUUAGUUACCCCGAGGAAGUCCCACUGGAAGGCAAAUUGAAUGUCACAUUUGGCGGUCCUCCCAACAAUUCGAACUAUUGGAUAAUGGACACGGAUUAUGAUAAUUAUGCAAUCAUCUAUUCGUGCAAAAAUCUUUCCCGCAAUAAAUCUGCCGAAGCUGCGUGGGUACUGUCGAAGCAGAGAACCGUCCGGUCGACGGUUGCUUCCACUGUAGACCAACUAGUAGAUCGAUAUUUGUCCCGGUCCGAUAUGCGUGUUACGGAGCAAAGCCAAUCAAAGUGGUAUAUGGGAAGCUGGUAUGAGAUAAAACGGUAUGAAAAUAUCAACCAACCAAAUGCCGAAUGUGUUACAGCUCAGUAUACAUUGAACAUGACAUCGUCGGAAGUGACGGUAGAAAACACCAUGAAGCAACUGCCAAACCGGAACCCACUGGUUGCUCGUGGUCGAGCCAUAACCAGCCCUUCCGCCAAUGGUAGGGCCAUGCUGAAUGUUCGCUUCGACAAUACUCCGCCGAAUAUAGAAGACUCAGACUAUUGGGUGCUUGGAACCGAUUACACGAAUUAUGCUCUUGUUUGGUCUUGCAGGGGAAACAACAGUCAUUCUGUGGAAUCAGCCUGGGUUUUGUCACGCACACCAGUGCUGGAUAACAUGUCGCACGUUUAUGUGAACAUUCUGAUUGGAACGCAUUUAAAACCGGAUUCGUUCAGAAUGACGGAGCAACGGAAUGAAUAUUGCAAUAGUGCGAUGACACCCACCAUUAAGUUCUUACUCACGAACAAACUUCGACUGUGGGCGUCUAAAAUGGAUCCUCGGAUAUUCAUUGUUGUGCUGGUGAUGAGAUUGACGCCAUUGACGGUGGCGGUUAUUGUCGAAAAGAACUGCCUUAUAUUCGAAGAAGCGUACACAUUUGAUGAGGAUCGGUAUUCCGGAAAAUGGUACGAGAUUCGCCGCUUGCAAGACACCAACGAUGCCGACAUCGAGGAAUGCGUCCAGGAAAAAUACACGAGAUCGAGCAAUAUGAUGGAUUUUGACGUAAUCCGAGCGGUACAAAUAAAUGCCACAGAUGAGCCAACCUAUUCCACUGGUAUCGCGUCUCCCAAAGUGUUCGAGAACUCCAAAGUCCCACAGUUUUAUCUACGAUAUAAUACCACGAGCCCGGCAGAACCAGAUACUGCGAUAGACAUCGUCAAAACCGACUAUCUUAACUUUGCGAUCGUAUAUUCCUGCAAUUCACUGAAUUCAUCCGCUGUGUCAGAAUCAGCAUGGAUCCUCUCGCGAAGGCCUACUAUGUCGAAGCACGCGGCAGAUGUGGUGAACAAAUUUGUCUCCGCCCAUUUUACCCAUCCGCAGCACAAGUGGAGAGCUACCGAACAGUCGGAAACAUUUUGUAAACCAACAAUUAUUACAAACGCAGGGCGAUCGGUGUUCAAUGUGUCGUUUUUGCACACUUUCUCACAAUUUUUAGCCGUAUUUCUACUAUCGAAAUUAUUUUCUGGAUAAUGUAGAUGUUUAAGAAUCUCUGUUUCAUUCUUACAUUGAGUCAAUGUCGAUUCGAUAUGAAUUGUAUAGAUUGUGUCAUGUGGUUA